AUGGAGAUAACCAAUGUUAUGGAGUAUGAGGCCAUUGCAAAGCAGAAACUGCCAAAGAUGAUAUAUGACUAUUAUGCAUCAGGUGCAGAGGACCAAUGGACUCUUCAGGAAAACAGAAAUGCAUUCUCAAGGAUUCUGUUUCGACCUCGUAUUCUUAUUGAUGUCAGUAAGAUAGAUUUGACCACUACUGUCUUGGGAUUCAAGAUGUCAAUGCCCAUCAUGAUUGCUCCCACUGCCAUGCAAAAAAUGGCUCAUCCUGAUGGAGAGUAUGCAACAGCAAGAGCAGCAUCAGCUGCUGGCACCAUUAUGACAUUAUCAUCAUGGGCUACUUCCAGUGUUGAAGAGGUUGCUUCAACAGGACCUGGCAUUCGCUUUUUCCAGCUCUAUGUACAUAAAGACAGGAAUUUAGUUGCUCAGCUUGUUAGAAGAGCAGAAAGGGCGGACUUCAAGGCAAUUGCCCUCACUGUUGAUACUCCAAGACUAGGGCGCAGGGAGGCUGACAUCAAGAACAGAUUCAGUUUACCACCAUUCUUGACAUUGAAGAAUUUUGAGGGGUUGGACCUUGGAAAGAUAGACAAGACAAAUGAUUCUGGACUUGCGUCAUAUGUUGCUGGACAAAUUGAUCGAUCUCUAAGCUGGAAGGAUGUGAAGUGGCUCCAAACAAUCACAAAAUUGCCUAUCCUACUGAAGGGUGUACUCACUGCUGAGGAUGCCCGAUUAGCCAUAGAAGCUGGAGCAGCAGGAAUCAUUGUCUCAAAUCAUGGAGCCCGUCAACUUGACUACGUCCCUGCUACUAUCAUGGCUCUAGAAGAGGUUGUUAAAGCUGCACAAGGCCAAGUUCCUGUUUUCUUGGAUGGUGGUGUCCGGCGUGGGACAGAUGUUUUCAAAGCAUUAGCCCUUGGAGCCUCUGGCGUAUUUAUUGGAAGGCCUGUGGUAUUCUCUUUGGCUGCUGAUGGUGAAGCUGGUGUGAGGAAGGUGCUCCAAAUACUUCAUGAUGAGUUUGAGCUUACUAUGGCACUAUGUGGUUGCCGCUCACUCAAGGAGAUUACUCGUGACCACAUUGUGACUGAAUGGGACCAUUGUCGACGUCUUCCUCCUCUCCCUUCGGCCAGGUUAUAAAUAUUCUUGUUCACCAACAAGCCAAUAAAUCCUACAAUAAGAUUAAGGUUUUUCUGUUUGAGAACCUGUUGUCAUUUGAAGGUUUUAUUUGACAUCUGAUGAGUGCAGUAAUAAUUAUUUGAGUUCUUAAGCUUUUGUAAUGAUGAAUAUGGUACUUCCAUAGGCGGCUAUUGUAGACUUUGUUUGAA